UCCCACAAUCGGAGCAAGUAUGACUGAUCUUGCUGUCCUGCCACCGACGUCGCGCCAUCUACCAACCUUGCUUUCUGGUCAGGCAUAUCCUUACGGCGUUGACGAGAGAUAUAAUCGCGACUUCUAUGGAUACGACUUUGAGAGCCGACGUGGUCGUAGUGAGCAUAUCCGGAUGUAAGAUUUUCUGCUAUGAUACACAAACUUGUUCUAACCAUACUUUAACCAGAACUAACCUUCAAGCGGCUGAGGUCAAUGGUCGCAUAUCCAGAUACACACCGAAUGCACAACUACACCCAAUGCUGACCAUGGAUGGGGGUCUACCCACCCUCUUCCGCGAGCCUCUCCGUCUCGAGCAGCUCAAAUGCAUGAGCAACGGAGAGCUCGACCAGAUUAUGAUGGCCUACGACCUCGGUACGAACCGUAGACGGUACUACCGGGGCUACCUUCGCGAUCGAUACGACGACGACGACAUGUUCUACGGUGUCCAAGGCGAGCGUAUCCGCAAUCUGAUCGCUCUGCUCGAAUACCUUGGCGCAUGGCAACUCGUUGACCAAAUCCGCCGCGUACGGUGACCUUGCCUUCCAGUCUCGCGGCACCAAGCGAUGCGGACGAUGGACCUACCAUCUCUUCUUUCGAACGACAGUAAGACUCGGGCCAAACAGGCGCGAUAUCUUUUCCUGGACCGGUUUGCCGAAUGCGGAAGGCGCUAGCGACGGCCGCACCUUGAGAUUGGCCGAACCGCAGGAGCUUGUCAUCAGGCGUACGUUCGAAGUGUCGUAUCUAUAUCUUCUACUAAAGACAGUCCUCUCUAUACACGUAACGGUUGUCUACACGGAUGUAGUAGCUAUGUAUCUCAACGUUUCUUCACGGAUU